AUGGUACUACAAGCACUCAGUAAUGCCAACCUCCAAAUCAACAUUAAGAAGAGCGUUUGGUUCAGCUCUAGUGUUGUUUUCCUGGGCAGGCGAAUUGACGGCAUGACCAAAACAACUAAAGAGGAAUCUGUGGAGAAGAUCAAGCACAUGACGAAGCCUUAUGAUGUACACUCCCUGCGUGUGUUCCUUGGACUGGCUGGUCACUUCCGUGCGUUCGUCCAGGAUUACGCCGCAAGAACAAGAAGUCUAACGGCUUUACUUCGCAAAGACGUUCGCUUCCACUGGACUACGCAAUGCGAAGCUGCUUAUCAAGACAUUCUUGCAGCAAUCACUUCCAACCCCAUCUUGACACUACCAGAUUUCAAGUUACCAUUUGAGCUGCGUACCGAUGCCUCCCACUUUGGAACGGGCGCUGUACCAGCGUGA